AUGUGCCGCAUGAUUGACGAAACCAAACACCCAGCAUUUAUUUUGUUAUAUUUUAAAAAAUUAUUUUCAAAACAUUUAUUUUGUUAUUAUUUUGAAAUCAUUGAAUAUAAAACAAUGGCAUUACAACCUUGGGAACGCAUUGCCUGGAGUCCUGAACAUGAACAGAUUAUUUAUCGUGAUUGGGGUUUGUUUUAUACCCACAAACAACAGCUAGAUAUAGCGGUGCAUUAUUAUAACAAGUCCCUGGAACUGAAAAGUGAUGAUCCCAAGGCCUUGUAUUUUCGCAGUCGUUGUAAGCGUAAUAUAGCCCAAACUGAAGGAGCUUUGGAUGAUGGUUUAGCAGCGAUGGCUAUUGAUGACAAUAAUGCUCCUAUAAAUCUGGAAAUUUGUGAUGCCUUGUAUGAGUUGAAUAAGUUUGAAGAUUACAAAGUUCAAUUGCAUGAUAAUGCACGCAAGUUUUUUGGCAAAAAAGUAGCGGCCUUUCUGAAUCGUUUGGUAGUGGUUGAUGAAAACUUUAAAGAUACUAUUGGUGAAACUUGGGUCCUUUCAUUUUGAAAAAUGAAAAAACAUUUUGCUGCUGUUUUGGAGAAAAUAGAGCGUGAAAAGCAUAUUGAUCCGAGGCCUUUGUUGAAAAUUUUAAAGGAACAAGAAAAAUGUGGUUUGAGUAUAUUGGAAAAAGAGGAACUUCUAUUAUCACCACGAGAAUUGGCUCGGCGACGUCGUGCUUUUAAAGUUUUCAAUCAAAUCUAUUUCAAUAAAAGUUGGAUUGAUGUUAUAUUCUUAAAACACUUAAGGGAAAAAAAUCUCCUGCUGCCUCAAUCUAAAGUUUCUACGCCAUUUUUGCGACAACUAACUCACACUAAAUAUGAUGUAGUCAUAAAGUUUUUGAAAAUGUUACAAGCUCGCAGUCCUCUCUACACCGAACAAGCACGCAAGUGUCCCGACAAGAAAGUCUACGAUAAACAUCGAGAGGCUCACUUAAAUCGUGUACAGUAUCAAACACGACGCACCAUGCUCUCGGAAAUGCGUAAUAUACGACGUCUUAGACAAGAGGGAGAUAUAGAGAAACUCUCAAAACAUGUUGAGAGUGUUAUGGGUGAUUAUGUGGUUUUGAAAACUCAUCGCGUUAUGCCCUGGAAAUUUGAAUAUAUAAAUGAGGUAUACAAUACUCUGGCUUUGGCUCAUGCCGAUCUUUAUACGAUUGAUGAAAAUAUAUUGCAAGUUAAGGAAAAAGAACGUUUGCUAGUACUACUGCGUAUGCCCACCGAUAAAUAUAAAGAUGUGGUGCAGUUUGUGUUUGGUGAUAAGUCCACCUAUCAAGAACCAGAUGCUCCGGACUAUGUUUUAAUUGCUUAUAAAAAAUUUCUCGCUCGCCUAGAGAAACGCAUGAUAUUUGCUAAAUAUUCAAUAGAAAAAUGUUAUCUAUUACAUGAAAUUGCUCGAGCUCACUUGACACAAAGUCGUUUUGAUGAAUGCUGUUCUUGGGCUCGUAAAGCUGCAGAAGAAACUAAAAAUUGCAAUAGUCUUCUAUGGCAAUUUCUAAGCAUUAUGCUUAUAGUCAAAGCUCAUGCUGUUCUACAUAAAAUUGAACGUGGCAAAGAGGCCUUAGAUGAGGCUUUUGUCAUAGCGCAACGUUUGAAAAGUCAAAAAUUAUGUUCUUUUCUUGAAAUUUGUCGUGCUAUCAAUGAUCAAGAAAUAUCGUUAAAGAAACGUACACAAUCAGUAGAUUCUAUGCGUAAAAGACGCAGUCGUACUUCUUUAUCAAGUCGUUAUUCUCAGCAAUCAAAAUUGAGUAUGGAAGAUGGGGCGAAGUCCUCAUCGGCGAAAUCGGAAAUAGAGAAUUAAAGGAAUAAUUCUUUAAAAGAAUAAUUAAAUUGUGU